UUUCAACUGCUUCAACCUCAGCCACUAGCACCACCUCUUCGGUUGUCAGCAUAUCAAGCAGUAUGAACACUACAAACAGCCUUGGCCUGAGUGUUACCAGUGUGUCUAUACCAGCUACUACUGCACGAGCAGCUCCCUUAGUGUCUUCAGGCAAAGCUCCUCCAAACCUGCCCCAGGGUGUACCGCCCUUGUUGCAUAAUCAGUAUAUUGUGGGACCUGGAGGACUUCUGCCUGCCUACCCAAUUUAUGGUUAUGAUGAUCUCCAGAUGCUUCAAUCCAGGCUGCCAAUGG